UGCUCAAAUACGUUCACAUUGACUAUUUGGCAUAAAAGUGCCCAACAUUUCUUGAAAUUUUUGAAAUUCCGGCCUUUUGCGGUUGGAAAAUCAUCAUAAAAAAUGGAAAAAUCGUCGGACGCCAUCGCGGGAAAGAACUGCCGAGCGUGCGCCGAACACUCGGCAAUUCUGGUGGACCUCUUCUCAACGGACAUUUCCGAUCCGCCUAUUUGGGAAAUGCUGAACUCCUUUCUCCCCGAGAACUGCCGCGUCAACCGGGAUGCAAUGCCGCAGAAGAUCUGUCCAACCUGCCUGGUGGCCGCCCAAAAUGCCUUUUACUUCAAGAACAAGUGCGAGCAGAGUUUCCAGUACUUUACGCACCUCCUCUCGCUGGACAAAUCCGCCACAAAUCAUGGUAAAACUCGGGGCAGAAGAGGUGACAAGAAUCCACUGAAAACUUUCGAAAUGGUCGGCUGCGAGGAUCCGCUGGACACUAAUGUUUCUGGAAAGGAGGUGGAUCGGCUUGAUCUGAAAACGGGUAAUGAUUCCGAGCUGGCAGAUGGAUUGCUAACUACAGAACAGGAAACCCAACCGUUGCAUGAAGUAUUUGAAAUAACUUUGGGAGAUAUAAAAACAGAAGAAGAAAUUUCCAACGAUGAGACAUUCGAAGAUGCUUUCGCAGAGGACUAUAAUAAUGAUGAUGAAUCUGAGAGUGAGUCUGAUGAAUGGUCAGAGGACGAAGACGAGCCCUGGAUGACAGGCAAAGGAGAGCCAAAAACGGAUGGCGACGAGAAUCAAUCGCUGCUGUGCACCGAGUGUGGGGUGACCUAUCCGACAGAGAAGUCGUUGGCGAAGCACAUUGCCAGGCACCGGGCGCAGGAUGAUCCACAAAAGCCGCACCUGUGCGACUUCUGUGGCAGAGGAUUCCGGACGAACGCCCAGCUGACAACCCACAGGCGCAAGCACACCGGAGAGCGUCCAUUUCAAUGCCCCCUCUGCCCGAAAGCGUAUACGCACGGUCCAACUCUCAAGUCGCACAUGCUCACCCACGACGAGCAGAAGGCCCAUAAGUGUCCGGAAUGCGACAAAACCUUUUACACUAGGGGCAACCUGAGGGCCCACAUAAAGCGGCACUCAGGCGAAAGACCAUAUAAGUGUCCUGAUUGUUCACAGACCUUCACGAAGAACUCGGGCCUUAAACUGCACAGUCGGCUGCAUAAGGAGGAGCGUCCCUUUAAGUGCGACCUGUGCGGCAAGGGAUUUGUCCAGAACCAGCAUUUAAUCACGCACUUGCGGGUCCACAACGGGGACCGCCAGUUCAAGUGCCCCGACUGCGACAAGCGCUUCUUCGAGAAAUCCAACAUGAUGAAGCAUCAGCGCACGCACUCGGGCAUAAAGCCAUUUAAAUGCGCCGAGUGCGGCCAAGCAUUCUCGCACAACCAUCAUCUGAAGAGUCACCUGCGCAUCCACACCGGAGAAAAGCCCUACAAAUGCGACCAGUGCGGCAAGGGUUUCUGCGCGAAUCAGUCUCUUGCCAAACAUAUCCUCUGGCAUGUGGAGAACAACGAUCGGCCCUUCAAAUGCACCAAAUGCCCCAAAGCCUUUGACUCACAGCAGAGUUUACGGGGCCACGACAAGGCGCACAGAAAGCCAGAAGGACCGAAAACACUGCACCAAUGCCCACACUGCGACGUCAGCUUUGCCAUAAAGAAAACAUUGGACAAGCAUAUUAGUAGUCAUAAGAUUCGGCCCCACCCUUGCCCGCAUUGUAGCGAAGGAUUUUUCUCCCUGAAGAGCUUAGACAGACACCUUAAAACGCACAAAACGAAGGAAUAAAAGUUAUUUUUCCAUUUCAUGUGCAAUUGUAUCAUACUACCCCUUGUUCAAAGUUUCGAAUCUAUAAGAAACAAAUUGCAAUCAAAACAUAAGACCAUUAGGAAACUUACUAUAAAUUUUAAUAAGUUUUUAUUACAAAUAUACCUAAGAAGUUGUUUAAAGAGAAAA